UACUUUGGACUGGCGCCCGAACUCGUACACGGUAUCCACAUGGCGCCUAUUACGCCGGCAACGUUGCUGAUCCGGCCACGGGCAUUUGUCAAGGAAGAAUGGGACAAGUUUUUCAGCAAUGGAAAGGCAAAUGUAGAUGGAGGAUGGCGAUCUGUCCUGUAUGCAAAUCUAGCUAUUGUGGAUGCCAAGGCCAGCUAUGGGUUUUUC